UAGCGAUGGCGUGAAGCUAAAAUUGGCUGUCUAAAUCCUUGUAAAAUAAUAUGCUCAGAAAUUCCAUCCAUCGUCCAAAUCGUCAUCUAUUGAAUAUUAACUAUUCAACGAUAGUUGCAGAAAUAUAAUUUUUGUCGUAACUGCAGUAUUGAAAGAGAAAAGUUUGUCAAAACUCGUCCAUAGAUGAAAAGCUAUUCUUUCUACAAGGCGGACAUGGAUCAAUGUUCGUGAAGCCUACAGUCAGCUAGAGUAACUAGUUCUUUACGCAGUUGGAGUGCACUUUGUCGUUGAUUCGUUUGCCGACCUGAUCCUAUGGAGAAGGGUGUGUUUAAUACAUGGCUCUGAAUUUGGGAGGACAAAAACAGAAAUACAGGGAAUAGAUAAUGGCUGCCGAACGACCUUCAUUGGACUGACUGAAGCGCCCUCUGUCGAGUAACACUGGGAACAGGGGACAACACGAUGAAAUGGUAUGGAGGAAAUGAACACGUGUUUCAAGUAAGUUUUCUGUGAUUUUCCCACCCCCCUCCAAAAUAUGCCAGGACCAAGGCACAGGAGGGGUAUGCCCUCAAAUAUGCACGAUGACUACGAUCCAGAAUUUGAUGCAAGGAGAUACAGUAGUACAUCAUAUGCGUCAAAAAGUAACAAUGGCAGGCAAUACAGUGCGGGUCAGUAUGACGACCAAGAAGGCUCGGGCAGCAAAAAACGAAAGAAAUCAAAGCACAAAAUGAAACGGAAACGCGACAAGGAGAAAGACAGGGCAGAAAAGCAGCAUAUGAAAUCAGAGAAGAAGAGUUCAAAACCAGUGAAAUCUCUAGUUAGUUACGACGACAUCAGUUCAGAUUCUGAUGUUGGUUCCUUGCAUUCCCCAAUAAGUAGCCGUGUCCCUUCAGAUAAGGAGGUGGAAAACAGAGGCUCUUCGCCAGCUACAGCAAUCAAGUCCUACAUGUUCGAGCGAAGUCACAGUAAUUCCCCGGUUGCUGUGAGAGAUCGGGACAGUUCCCCAUCGGGAAGUGGAAGUGUGAGUGCAAGACGGAGCAAGAAACGAGGUCACUCCCCCUCCGAAGUGUCGCCUACGCCCAGAGCUUAUAUUGAGCCACCCAAAGCGUAUGCAAAUCCGCCAAAGGCCUAUGCUGAUCCACCCAAAGCAUAUGCUGAUCCACCCAAAUCAUACAGAGACGAUUUUAGAGACCAAAAUGACAGUCCACGUAAAAAAUACAGGUCUUCUCCAUGGUCACCCAACCGUUCUCGGAAAGGUGGUGAGAGUCCCUAUUCUAGGUCUUCAAGGCAGCGUCGACGUUCCCGCAGCCGUAGUUACAGCCCACGUCGGCGCCAUGGCAAGAGUGACCGCAUGGGCAAGUCGUCGCGCAGAGCGCCCUCCCCUCGAAGCCCUAGUCAUUCUUCACGAUACUCAUCCUCAAAAGUCAGUCAUUCUAGCAUCAAAUACGCUUCCAGUUUGGCGGCGGAGCUUAGCAAACACAAGAAGUUUCGCGAAGCAGGCAGCCGCCCCAAAGACGCUAAGGGCAGUGCUGACUCCCCAAUAGUGAUAGACAUUCGGGAGGAACCGAACAGGAGCUUGACCCCUGACCCCAAGUCUGUGAUCAAACCCGAGGCCACGGAUGAUCUCUAUGAAGACCUGCCGAAGCCUCGUGUGUCAAACAUUUCUGUCCCUUUACCUCGUGAGGCUGAGCCUCCUCGCGUAGAUCCUGCAGCUCUUCCUGAGGUGCGUAAACCGGAGAGAUUCGUUGGUGCUGUUGAUGAAAAAAUAGUAGUAAAAGUGGAAAAUUUGAAGCGUGAUGGUGGUAGUGGGGGUCCGGAUGACGGCAGAAGGAGCGGGGAAUUUCCCUCCAAGGAGCAGGAGCGGUUCAACCCACCGCCAGACAGCAGGCGUUCACGAUCCCCCCAGCGGACAUCAACAUUACCCAAACUCCCGCUUCCAAACGUGUCUCCCAUUGACAGUGACUUUGACCGGACGCCGUACAGUGAUCGUCCUGCAUCCCCACCUGUUAGGAAAAAGCGGAUCACCGACCUCCCAAUGCCUCCAGUCAUGGAUGAACCUGAUAUGGACCUAGAACCAGAACUGGAGAAGGAAAAUCUGAAGAAAGAUCCAGACUCAAACCAGCCUAAGAUGAGGAAACCUAAGAUUUGUCAGUCCAGAAGGCAGAAUGAAAGAAACAAAGGGGACUGGGGAGAGCGGUGUGUGGAUGUGUUUAAGAUCAUCUGUCAGAUCGGGGAGGGGACAUAUGGACAGGUGUACAAGGCCAAGGACCUGUAUACAGAUGAAUUGGUUGCUCUGAAGAAGGUGCGUUUGGAGAACGAGCGGGAAGGAUUCCCAAUAACAGCUGUCCGUGAGAUUAAAAUAUUGAGACAGUUAAACCACACAAACAUCGUUAAUCUGAAGGAGAUAGUCACUGACAAACAAGAUGCCAUGGACUUCAAGAAAGACAAAGGGGCAUUCUACCUGGUGUUUGAGUACAUGGACCAUGACCUAAUGGGGUUGUUAGAGUCAGGCAUGGUACAUUUCCAGGAACAGCACAUAGCCUCCAUGAUGAAACAGCUCCUGGAUGGUCUCAACUAUUGCCACAAGAAGAACUUCUUACACAGAGACAUCAAAUGCUCCAACAUUCUUGUUAACAACAGGGGCCAGAUCAAGCUGGCAGACUUAGGGUUAGCGCGCCUGUACCAAGCAGAUGACAAGGACCGGCCGUACACAAACAAGGUGAUAACACUCUGGUACCGUCCACCAGAGCUCCUCCUAGGUGAGGAGAGGUACGGACCUGCCAUUGACGUCUGGAGCUGUGGGUGCAUCCUUGGUGAGCUGUUCACCAAGCGUCCGCUGUUCCAAGCUGUGCAGGAAAUCCUCCAGCUUGAGCUAAUCAGCAAGACGUGUGGAACACCAUGCCCUGCCGUCUGGCCCGAUGUCAUCAAGCUGCCCCUCUUCCACACCGUGAAGCCCAAGAAACAGUACCGUCGUCGGCUCAGGGAGGAGUUCUCAUUCAUGCCCAAGUUAGCUCUGGACCUGAUGGACCACAUGUUAGAGCUGGACCCAGGCAGGAGGUGUACAGCAGAACAGGCCCUGUCAGGGGCAUGGCUUAAGGAUGUGCGGCCAGAACUCAUACCCCCUCCCAACCUUCCCAAAGACCAGGAUUGUCAUGAAUUGUGGAGCAAGCGACGUAAGAAGAGCAUGCGAGAGGCAAUGAAACAGGAGCAAGAUUCUGGUGGGUCUAAAGAGGCUUACUCCAGCAAAGGCGGGGCUAACGGCGACUCCACAUAUGGACGCAAAAAAUCGUCAUCAGACUUAAGCAAGUCAGAGCCACGCAGCUCUGACAAGUCAGAGUCAAAACUUAGCAGGAAUCCAUUCAACUUUCGCAAGGAGCCACCCAGUAUUCCUGGCCUUGAUCUUGCUGAGGAUAAAGACAGUGACACGAAGCAGACAACAGCAGUGGCUGCACACGGUACAGGCAGCACAGGCCGGCUGAGCACUAGUGCAGCAACAUCCAGCACCUCCGAGGCUGUUCCUGCAGGAGAAAAAGUGACUAACACUGCUUCAAAUCAGACCCAGCUCUCAGGCCUGAUUCAGCUACUACAGUCUAACCCUGGACUGAGUAUAUCUCAGCUGGCUAAAGUAUUAAACGUCCCAUUAGACCCCAGCACAUCCACUUUGCUAGAGAACUUAAACCUCCAGCUACUGGUGGCUGCGGCCACCAAACAGGCUCAGGGAAAACUGGCACAGACCGAGUCUGGGCUAGCAGGACAACCCGCCCCGGCUAAAGCUCCGGGACCUGGGAGCGGUGGCGGCGAUACAGAUGAUCUCUGAGUGGCAAAGAUGUUCCCGAUCGAUCCGAGUGCACCCUGUGAAUUCGCCGUUCCAAUGCUGUUACUCCAGGUUGAUGUUGCCAUGAAGUGCUUACAACCAACCGUUAGGGUGAAGUCAGAAGGACUGAAGCAGCUUCACAGUGGCAGGAAAGCUGUAUUACUGUACCUGUGUAGAAGACGACUUCAG